CUUGGGGUUCGUUACUCCCAGUCCCACAUAUCCUCCUAUUCGUUUUCAAACAUUGGGCCGGGGCCAAGGCCCACGAGAUAAUAUAAUAUAAUAAUAGGAAAAGCGAAAAAAGAUAAUAAAUGAAGUAGUAAUAGUAAAAUGAAAAGAGGGAACAUGUAAUAAUGGCAGAAUGAUCUCAGACACCGACUGCGUGAAACAUGCCACCGCGGCCCCUGCCGUCGCCGGUGAAAAAACUUCCGCUUCAUCCGAUAAAGAUCACCGCGCACCGCCGGCAGCUCCAAACAUUGUGAUGUCCUCUAAAGAUCACGAUUCUCUCUUCAGCGGUGGCGGCAUCAGCUUUCUAUCUGGAAGUCGAAAUGGAAGGAUCAACUAUGGAUAUUCCAGUUUCAAGGGUAAAAGAUCUUCAAUGGAGGAUUUCUUUGAGACCAAAAUAUCAGAGGUUGAUGGUCAAAUGGUUGCCUUUUUUGGUGUUUUUGAUGGCCAUGGAGGUUCGCGGACUGCAGAAUACCUGAAAAAUAAUCUAUUCAAGAAUUUGAGUAACCAUCCUGGCUUUAUCAAAGACACAAAGACGGCUAUUUUUGAAGCAUUUAAACAAACAGAUGUCGAUUACCUCAAUGAGGAAAAGGGGCAUCAAAGGGAUGCUGGGUCCACUGCAUCGACAGCGGUGUUGUUGGGCGACCGAAUUCUUGUUGCAAAUGUUGGUGAUUCCCGAGUAGUUGCAUCUAGAGCUGGUUUAGCUGUUCCUUUAUCUGUUGAUCACAAACCUGAUAGAUCUGAUGAGCGUCAAAGGAUUGAACAGGCUGGGGGAUUCAUAAUAUGGGCAGGAACAUGGAGGGUUGGUGGUGUUCUUGCUGUUUCCCGUGCAUUUGGAGACAAACUUCUUAAGCCAUAUGUUGUUGCUGACCCAGAAAUUCAGGAGGAAGAAAUUGAAGGCGUGGAUUUUAUAAUAAUUGCUAGUGAUGGUCUUUGGAAUGUUAUAUCAAACAAGGAAGCCGUGUCUUUAGUACAAACUAUCACUGAUGCAGAAGUGGCAUCUAGAGAACUUAUUAAAGAAGCUUAUACCCGAGGAAGCUCAGACAACAUCACUUGUGUUGUUGUUCGAUUUGAUCCAUCCUGAUCUGUAGAUGCUUUAGGUAUCUGUCAUUUCUAACAACUUAAAUAGAAAUGACAAAUGGUGUGAAGGUUUACCUUAUUUUCAAAUGAAUUAUUACUUCUAUUAAUUUAUUUUAGUUAUGAUAUUUUGCAGUUUCCUUAGUUGUUUUAGUCUUCUAGAUAAUCCUAGCUGGAAAAAUGAAAUACCUGUAGAUGCAUUUGAUUCUACCCUUGAAAGGCUCCAUAUCUCGGAUCCAGCUAGUUAAUGUGGCAUUCUGAACCAGCUAAAUUACAGGAUUUUUUAUUCAUGAUCUUUAUUUGUUU